UCUCACAAGUCACCACCACUAUAAAUAACCAUCAAAGAUUAUCAUUUUGUGUCCCAUUUUCAUUUCAUCUCUUUCCUCUCACCUUCAAAAAUGGCUGAACAUAACAUGCAAAUUUCACUCUCAAGCUCCUCUAACGAUUCCUCAGACCAAGAAACACCUUUCACCACCGCCAUGAACCCAACAACCGACACCGGUGGUUCAUCUCACCAACAAACACCAACUGAUUCACCACAACCCUCCAGAAAGCCACGUGGCAGACCACCUGGUUCUAAAAACAAACCUAAACCACCUAUUGUAAUAACACAAGACAAUGAACAAGCCAUGAAACCUGCAAUCAUCGAAGUUGCUGCUGGUACUGAUGUUCUUGAAGCUGUCAUCCAGUUCGCUGUUCGUCUUGGUUCAUGCCUCACCAUUCUUAGCGGUUCUGGUACUGUUUCUGUUGCUACACUCCAUUACCCAGUUUGUCAAUCUCCUGCUUUUACUCUUCAUGGACCUUUUUCUUUGUUGACUUUGACUGGGACUUUUUUCUUCCCUCCUUCACCACCACCACCUCCUCCUCUUCCCAUUUCUCUUCCUAUUGCUUCUUCUUCAUCAAACCCUAACCCUAACCAGUUAGAUCAACCACCAACACCUACUUCUACUUUUGGUAUCACUCUUGCUGGUAUGCAGGGACAAAUCUUUGGUGGGAUAAUUGGUGGAAAAAUUAUUGCUGGUGGUAAUGGUGUUAAGAUUGUUGCUUCUUUGUUUAAAAAUCCUGAACUUCAUAGGGCUGCUGGUAUUCUUUUGGAAGCUGAUGAUGAUGAUUUUGCCGAUGAUGAUAAUGGUGGUGGUAACGGUGGUGGUGAUGCUGGUGCCGGUAGCAGUGGUGCUGCUGCUGAGAAUGUGACUGGUUUCAAUGUUCCACCACCACAUUCUGAUCCAAACUUCAUGCCAUGGAAUCACCCUUCUCACCCUCGUCCUCCUAAUUUCUGAAAACAAAAAUGAUGGUUAUAAAUCGCGGUCAGUCAUGGUGCAUUGCAAACACUGUGGGUGCAAUUAUGAUAAAGAUUUUAUGGUGUGGUUGCAAGUGUGAUUAUAGACUGCAAUUUAGAAUUAUGAUAGAGAUUGAUCCAUAAUUGUAUCAUCAUUUACCAUAAUUGGGAGAAAUAGAACUUUUAAGUAUAAUUAGUGAGUUAUUAUUAUUGCCGUUUCUUAGUAAAAUUAUUAAGUAUA